GCUCAUUCUGCUACUCAGUACGUUGACGGUUUGAAAGCAGCGUUGAUUGUCCAAGAUCCAGCCGAUCCUUGGAUAUCUAAAUAUGAUUCGGAAUUCGUUCUCCAAGUUUGUGACUGGUUUCAUGAACCUGCAGAAACUCUUGAAGCAACAGUUUAUGCCAAUGAUUUGCACACAGGUGAUCCUGUACCAGAUUCAGCGUUGUUUAAUGCCCAUGGACCCGGAAACUGUAACUUACGGGGAACUAAAGAUAAUCCGGAGGGAUUUGCUUGCACUUUUACAAAAAUUCCAAUUACUUCAGGGAAACGACUACGAAUAAGAAUAAUAAACACAUCGGCACAGUCCGUAUUUAUAUUUGUUUGUCACGAUCACACCCUUCAAAUCAUUGAAGCAGAUGGAACCCCGUUGGAUGGGACAAAAAUUCAAGAUUCUGUGAGGCUCAAUGCUGCCCAACGCUAUUCAGUUAUUAUAGAAGGCAAAACGAAUCCAACUCAAAAUUAUUGGUGCAGCGCCACAAUGAUUAAGGCUGCCAAUAUUUUAUUUGCAGCAGUUCCAAAUCCGACCGCCUAUGGGAUUUUGGCCUAUUCGAAUCUUCCAAAAGGUACAUAUCCGCCUCCUGAACAAAUAGGUGACGCAAAUGACACUCAAAUUAUCCUUAAAUCAACCACUCAGAGCAUCAAUUACAUCGACGAACGCGGUUUACAUCCUUUUGAUACAAACGAUAAACCUCCAGCAGUGGCGAAUAGAACAAUAGUUCUGAACAUUACAUUUCUUGUGGUUACACCCACUUCUGCUCAGGCGGCAUUCCAGGGUAAAGGUGUUCCAGGGUUCUAUCAACAUUUGGCCACUUCAACUUUAUUUUCAUACGCACAACACAAUAUAACACUUCCAAAGUACGCCAAUGCUAUCCACGUCAAGAAGGGUGAAGCUGUCGAUAUAGUUUUCAACUGUGAACGUGGCCAACAUCCACUUCACAUGCAUGGUCAUGAUUUCUAUGUUAUUUCCGAUUCAAAACAGUUCGCGGGUAACUUCAACGCAUCAAGUAAGCUUAACUUGAAAAAUCCCGUUCGCCGAGAUACAUUCACGGUUCAGUCGGAGAGUAAUGCGGUCAUACGGUUUGUCGCGAAUAAUCCUGGUGUAUGGAUUUUUCAUUGUCACAUUGAUUGGCAUUUAGCUGGUGGAAUGGCCCUGACAAUCGCCUAUCCCGACAAGGAAAUUCAAAAGCUAUAUCCAUUAAAAACCAUCAUGAAAAAGAAGAAAAAUGGACACAAGGCAACCAAAGCAUUAGAAGGAGUGACAAAAUGUCCGACUUAA